AUGGGAAGGCAGCAGCAAUCAAGUGUAGUACAAACAGUCUACGCAUCUGAGCAGACAAUUACUUGCUCAGCCAGUAGGAACUCUGUGCAACCUGAUUCAUGCUGGUCAUGGGUUGUUUGCUUGGCCUGUGCUGUUUCCAACAUAAUUAUAUGUGGGAUUAUCAUCAGUUAUGGAGUCAUGUUUCCUACUCUCUUGGCAGAGUUUCAGCAGGGAAAGGGUCUUACUGGUGAGUAGAACCCCGGGGGAGAGGGGGGACUCCACAUAUGAAAGGGGCGGGGAUGCUUGUCAUCUAGCUUAGGGGUGUAAAUUUCAGAUUUUGGUCUCACUUAGGGUGUUCUCGGCAAAACGCCAUCAUAUUUACCUGUGAAGGUCUCGUUUAGGGUUGCACGUGAAAAAAUAUAAAAAUAUGUGUAUUGUCUGUGUUUUAACAUGGUUUCUUUUAGGGGUCAAAAAAAGCGUGGGCUACCCCAGAUCGGUCUCUUUUAGGGGUUUAAUUCAAAAUUUCCGACUAGCAUCCCCACCCCUUUCAUAUGCGGAUUCUCCCACCCAUCCUCCGGGAGUAGAACCUUAUGAAGGGUUAGUCUACUUAAUGGUAAAGAUUUCACAAUCAGAUUAGAGUAGGGUACUAUAUUCUGUUAAACGGCCUUCUGUUUAGUGUGAGUGUGAAGAUAAUGCCUGGGGCGCAGUGGGGGCAUACUGGAUUUGGUUUUUCACUAAUUGAAUUCCUUAGAAACUUAAGUUUUGGGUCCUUGACAGACUAACAUUGUGUAAGGUUACAACAGCCCACUGACUAUUACAUGUAUGGUAUGGCUUGAUUUCGGCUGGGUUUAUCUCACUGGGGCAGGAAUUCUAAUGACUUGCAUGGAUCCUAAACAUCAAGCAGCUCAACUUAUUUGUCUUGAAAGUUGGAGGAUUAUUACUGGCAGGAGUGUCAAGCAGUGAAGUCUUAAGACAAGAGAAGCAAGGGUGCAGCCUAUCCCAUUCCUCCAGUCAUGUGUGUGUGACUAUUUUCUACUCACCAUAGUUGGCUUAAAGGGCUCUGUCUGGGGUGGGGUGGGUAGGCACUUGUGAGUUCAGACCUCAAGACAAUAGAGGAACCUGUUAAGGCACUAGCUCCAGCAGUGGGCCUUGCUUUGGUUGAAAAAGAAGGGGGCUUGCCCCCAGCCCCCAAACCCCCCAGCCCUAGCCCCCAGCCCCCAGCUCCCUGCUCCCGACCCCCAGCCUUUAGAUCCACCACUGUUUCAGCCUCAGGUUUGGCUCGACUUUCUAUGUGUGUAAUAGAAUUAUUAAUAGUAUUCACAUGAUAUAUGAACCUAUUCUAGAUACAUAUAAAAUUAAUGUCCUUUACUGUCCUCAGCUUUAGUUGGCUCGUUAGCUAUGGUCGGCAUGGGAAUAUUCAGCACAUUAGUGGCUAAAGUGUACAACAGGAUUGGUCCGCGUGCAACAGUUAUUCUUGGAGUUGUACUUUGCUCUGGAGCUCUUCUAGCCACCUCACAAGGAAACAGCAUCUAUUCCAUUCUCAUAACAUAUGGCGUUAUGUUCGGGUUUGGUUCGAGUUUUAUCUUUCUCACUCCAUAUCUCGUCUUGCCGAGGUACUUUGUCAAAAGACUUUCCCUAGCUGUGGGACUUGUUGCUAUGGGCCCUGGUGGAGGGAUGUUCGUUAUGAGCGUCGUAAUGAAAGCUCUUCUUGAUGAGCUUGACUGGCGAAGGACGUAUAUGAUAUUAGCUGGAUUUGUGUCCCUUUCCGUUCCGCUAGUUUGCACUGUUCGACGUAUGCCGCCAGAGGAAGAGGAAAGUAAAUCUGUUAAGAAAGAUGCCAAGGAAAGAUUCUGUGAAAGCGUGUGGUCCCUGUUUAGCAACAAGCGUUUUGACAUCAUAUUUCUGUCAAUGAAUUUGUACUACGUCGUUCAUUACAUUCCUUCCGUUCAUAUGGUGAGUUUACAGCUAGAAAAAAUGGACCACUUCCAAUUCAACAUCACUGAAAGCUGAUUAUAUAAUAAAUAAAAGUGUAUAUGACAGAAUUUUUCUUUUUACUUGAUAGAAUCUACAUAGUGUCUUGAUAAGAAUAAGCAGAAAAAAAGGGUUGAAGAUUUUUCUUCCACCUGUUUUAACGUACAGUACCAGAAACGUGAAAUUUCACUUCCGGUGUGGUCCGUUCUACAGGAAACCAGGGACUGGGGAUGGUUGUGACGUCAUUUUCCAAGACCUCCAUUUUCGUAGCAAGCAAGAACGACUGGGAAAUUUGCUUGGUCCAUUUUUUUUUUCAAUAUUUACAUGCCCUCAAGUCAAUGAAUUAGUAUGUUUAGUGCUCCCUGAUGAAAUUUGUUUCUUGUCUUCUUCUUCAACUCUACAGUAGCAUUGUGUGUAUGGGUGAAGUAAUAGUACGUUUCUGGGAAACUGCCUACCUACCGCUCCCCUAAGCCAACAUUUUACUCAAAGUGAGAAGUAAGUGUUAAUGUCAGUGAUGAAGUAAGUAAGAAGUAAGUGAUAAUGUCAGUUAAUGUCAGUAAGUGUUAAUGUUGCCUUAUGGGAGGGGUAGAUGGGCAGUUUCCCAGAAACGUAUUAAUAAUGAUCCUAGAGAGCCAGCCUACGUGGCAAGCGUUUCCACACGAGUUCGUCGGGAAAGUUGGGACGAGAGCAAAAGAGUGGAACGAAGGGGGGAGGGGGAGGGUUAGAGAAGGAAACAAAGGGUUGACCUCCGAUCGUGACAUAUCCUCCUUAAAACUCUCAUUUCAUCAAUCUCUUUUUUGACGCACAUGUUAUCUUUUCGUCUUUAGGUUCGCUACUGUGAAGAUUUAGGAAUAACAGCCACACAGGCCUCCAGACUCUACCUAUACAGCGGUUUAACCUCAAUGCUUUGCCGUCCUGUAGUGGGCUGGCUAUGUGACUUAAAGCAUAUUGAAGCAAUUUACAUUUACCAGGUUGUGGCGGGAGUUAAUGGAGUCGCAACCCUUAUUUUACCUCUUGCAAGAAGAUACUUUCAUUUCGUGCUAUAUUUCAUAGUAUUCGGACUUGCCGACGGAGCCAUCGGAUGCUCGUCGACCAUCGCUAUUCUUUCGUGUUUCACCAGUAAGAAAAGAUCGCUAGGAUUCGGUCUUGCUGUUAUGGUCAGUGCGUCUAUGGCUGCAGCUGGUCCUCCUCUUGCAGGUAAAUGUUUUCAAGUUUACUAAGUUGUUUCGGGUCAUUAUACUUUUCUGGGAAACUGCUCACCUACCCCUCCCAUAAGCCAGCAUUAACACUUACUUCUCACUUAGGACAAAAUGUUGGCUUAAGAGAGGGGUAGGUAGGCAGUUUCCCAGAAACGUAUAAUCAUCCUGCAGAACAGACGUUAUUUUUUCGCGUUUUUCUGGCGACCGAAGGCAAGCAGGAAGCAUGCGUGAAGCGCGAGACAAGCGCGUCUGGUGCUUCACGUCCGUUUCGUGACUGCCCUCUCUCGUUCAUAAAACGCCGAAUAUAGCGCAUUUUUUGCAGCCUAUUUCCGAGUUGUCUCUAGCGUCGAUUUCAAAACGAGACUUAUUUCGAAGUGUUUCAUGAUUUUAAUAUCUUUCCGAGAGCCUUACCAGACGCAAAAGUUCGAAUAUAUGAAAUUAUGAGGUUGAAUGGUGAUAAAGGGCUGUUCAGGUCUGCAAAUAUACUCCAAAUAGCAAUGUUAUCCGUCGAGUUGUCUUCCUGCUAUGUGUUUAGACAAAAGUUCGUCGUGAAAAGAGUAAAAUGUGCCGCCGACUCUUCGGCCAUUUUUCUUUUUACAACCAAAACAACUCAACCUCGUUACCAGGUCUUCUCGGUUUACGGUGCAUUAACCUGCAACUGUGCUGACGUCAUCGGUUGAUUAAUCGCAAAAUUCUUCCAAAUUUGGUCAACAUUAGCGGGUUAUGGUGAAUUAUGCGAGUGCUUUUAACCAAUCAGGAACGGAGAAAUAUUUUGAAUCAAUUAUAAUCCGUUUUAUUUUCGAUUCUUCAUAUGCGUAUAAUUAUUAGCGGUUUUGCGAUAUAUCUUGUAGGUCUCAUGGCUGAUGAGAUGGGCUCAUAUGUUCCAGCAUUUUAUAUGACAGGGAUUGUCAUACUUCUGGGAGCAUCAAUCAUUUUUCUUGCCCCGUUCGUCAACUCAGAAAACCAACGAGACAUCAAUGCUUCUGAAGAACUGUUCGUCGUGGAAAAAUGCACAGUUGUUUGA